AUGAGGUUGGUUGUACUCGGCUUGACCAUAGCCCUCGUGGCGGGUCAUCAGGUUAACUUAGCUCCCGAGUUUGCCACAGAUAAGACCUACAUUUACAAAUAUGAAGCGGUGGUUCUGGGCGGCCUGCCAGAGGAGGGCCUGGCCAGGGCCGGAGUGAAGAUCACCAGCAAAGUUUUCAUCAGUGCAGUCGAUCCAAACACCUUCCUGAUAAAGCUGGUGGAACCAGAGCUCUUUGAAUACAGCGGAAUCUGGCCCAAAGACCUGUUCACCCCGGCCAUCAAACUCACCACGGCACUGGCCGCUCAGCUCCAGACACCGGUCAGGUUUGAGUAUGCCAACGGCGUGGUGGGUAAGGUGUUUGCUCCUGACGGUGUGUCUGCCACUGUGCUGAACAUCUUCCGAGGGAUCCUCAACAUCUUACAGCUCAACAUCAAGAAGACACAGCGGGUCUACGAGCUGCAAGAGGCUGGAGCUCAGGGUGUGUGCAAGACCAACUACAUCAUCAGCGAGGACACAAAGGAGGACCGCCUCCGUCUGACCAAGACCAAAGAUUUGAACCACUGCCAGGACAGAAUCAUUAAGGAAAUCGGUCUGGUGUAUACAGAGUCAUGCGUUGAGUGCCAGGCUAAAGGAAAGACCCUGACAGGAACCUCUGCUUACAACUACAUCCUGAAGCCAACCACCACAGGUGCUCUGAUCUUGGAGGCCACUGCAACCGAGUUGAUCCAGUUCUCCCCUCUGAACAUCAUGAACGGUGCCGCCCAGAUGGAAGCUAAGCAAGUCCUGACCUUGCUCAACAUUGAGAAGAUCCCAGUGGCACCCAUCAGGGCACAAUACAUCGAGCGUGGAUCCCUGCAGUAUGAGUUUGCCUCUGAACUUCUCCAAACGCCCAUCCAGCUUCUUAGGAUCAGCAACACAGAGGCUCAGAUUGUUGAGAUUCUGAACCACCUGGUGGCCUACAAUGUGGAUAAGGUUCAUGAGGACGCACCCCUCAAGUUUAUUGAACUUAUCCAGCUUCUUCGUGUGGCCAGAUUGGAGACUAUUGAAUCUCUCUGGGCUACAGUCAGUGUCAAACCAGAAUACAGACACUGGUUGCUGGAUGCAGUCCCCGCCAUUGGAACGCAUGUUGCUCUGAAGUUCAUCAAGGAGAAGUUCAUUGCUGAUGACAUCACUUCUGCCGAAGCUGCUCAUGCCCUGAUUGCGUCUGUGCAAAUGGUGACGGCCGACCGGGAGGCCAUCAAACUUGUUGAGGGCCUGGCUUUCAACCACAAGGUUCAGGCAAACCCAAUUCUGCGCAAGAUUGUCCUGCUGGGUUAUGGUACCAUGGUCGCCAAAUACUGUGCUGAGAAUCCAACGUGCCCAGCGGAGCUUGUGAGGCCCAUUCAUGAGCAGGUAGUUAAGGCUGCUGCUAAGGCUGAACAUGAAGAUCUUAUAGUUCUUCUCAAAGUUCUGGGUAACGCCGGCCACCCUGCCAGCCUUAAGCCAAUCAUGAAGCUUCUGCCUGGGUUUGGUACUGCUGCCGCGGCUUUGCCACUGAGAGUUCAUAUUGAUGCCAUCUUGGCCCUCAGGAAUAUUGCAAAGAAGGAACCCAAGACGGUCCAAGAUGUGGCUCUUCAGGUGUUCAUGGACAAGGCUCUGCACGCAGAAAUCCGUAUGGUUGCCGCCAUUGUGCUGUUUGAGACCAAACUCCCCACGGGGCUUGUCACCACACUCGCUGAUGCAGUUUUGAAUGAAGCAAAUUUGCAGGUUGCAAGCUUUGUCUAUUCCUACAUGAAGGCCAUGACCAAGAACACUGCCCCUGACUUGGCAACAGUUGCUGCGGCCUGUGAUGUUGCCGUGAAAAUCCUGAGCCCCAAAUAUGAAAGACUCAGCUAUCGCUACAGCAAGACGUUCUAUCUUGACACCUAUCACAGCCCCUGGAUGGUGGGAGCUGCCGGCACUGCUUUCUACAUCAACGAUGCAGCAACCGUUUUGCCAAGAACCAUUGUGGCCAAAGCCCGAACAUACCUAGCUGGGGCUUACGCGGAUGUUUUGGAGUUUGGUGUAAGAACAGAGGGAAUCCAAGAGGCUCUUAUGAAAAUACCCAAGGCUCCAGAAAACGCUGACAGGAUGACCAAAAUAAAGGAGAUUAUAAAAGCUCUCUCUGACUGGAGGGCCCACCCUACAAGUCAGCCACUGGGAUCUGUGUAUGUGAAAUUCUUCGGACAGGAAAUAGCAUUUGCCAGUGUUGACAAAGCCAUAGUUGAUCAGAUUAUUGAGUUUGCCUCAGGCCCUAGGGUUCGUGCUUAUGGAAGGCAGGUCUUGGAAGGUCUGCUGUCCGGUUUUAAAUUCCAUCAUGCCCGACCUAUGCUGGCUGCUGAGGUGCGCCGCAUCUUCCCCACUGCUGUUGGUCUGCCGAUGGAGCUCAGCUUCUACUCCGCCACUGUGGCUGCUGCAGCCAUCAACAUCCAUGCCACUGUGACCCCACCCCUGCCUGAGAACUUCCAUGUUACCCAGCUCCUUAAAUCGGAUAUUGAGCUGAGGGCUGCAGUUGCCCCAAGCCUUUCCAUGCACACCUAUGCUGUUAUGGGAGUGAAUACCGCCUUGAUUCAGGCUGCCCUGAUAUCCAGAGUAAGAGUCCAUGCUAUUGUGCCUGGAAAGCUGGAAGCAAGGAUUGACAUGAUUAAGGACAACUUCAAGAUUCAGGUUUUACCUGUUGAGGGUGUGGAUAAAAUUGUAUCUGCACUUGUUGAGACUCUUGCCAUUGCAAGAAAUGUUGAAGAUCUUGCAGCUGCAAAAGUUACACCAAUUAUCCCAGCUCAGAAGGCUCCGCAGCUGUCAAGGGAGGUCCUCACAUCUACACUCUCUUCUAAGAUUGUGUCUUCUCUGGCUGGUGGCUUGUCAAAGUCAUCCGAAAUCCUUCCUGUUGAUUUGCCCAACAAAAUCAUCAAGAAGAUGAAAAUCAUCAAGGGCCUCUUUGAGCGGAAAAUGUGCGCUCAAUCUGAAACCUUUGGAAUCAAAGCGUGCACUGAGAUCGAAUCUCAGAAUGCUGCCUUCAUCAAAGACUGUCCACUCUACGCCAUGAUAGGGAAACAUGCACUCAUUGUUGGGGUCUCUCCAGCUGCUGGACCAGUUGUUGAAAAGAUUGAAAUUGAGGUUCAGCUUGGAGACAAGGCAGCAGAGAAGAUCAUCAAAGUGAUCAGGGUGAGUGAAGAAGAGGAAAUUCCAGAAGAAAAGAACGUCCUGCUGAAGCUGAAAAAAAUCCUUGUUCCUGGUUUGAAGAAUGGCACUACAUCCUCAUCCAGUUCUAGCAGUUCUCGUUCCAGCAGUUCCAGCUCUAAGCUCAGUUCAGCCUCCUCUUCUUCUCGCUCGUCCAAACGUUCCUCUAGCUCUUCUUCCCGCCGCAAGAGCCAGGCGGUCGAUGCUGGCAUUCCACUCGGCAAGCAAUCGAAGAGAAUCAGCAGCAGCAGCUCCAGCAGCCGAUCAAGCCUUCAUUCCCACAGCUCCUCUAGCUCACGCUCUAGCAGUGCUUCAAGCAGUGUUUCCAGCAGACGCUCUGCUAGCUCUAGCUCUUCAAGCUCUAGCUCUCGCAUCUCAAAGCAGGAAGUCCGUGAAAUGAAGUUUUCCAAGUACCACAAACACCUGCACGCUGUUUCCAAAACAAGAGACUCCACCUGGAGUAGUGCUUCCAGCUUUGAGGCCAUCUACAAUAAGGCUAAAUACCUUGCAAAUGCCAUUACUCCUGCUGUCACAAUCCUCAUCCGUGCUGUGAGAGCUGACCAAAAGCUUCAGGGAUACCAGAUUACAGCCUACUACGACAAAGCCACCUCCCGAGUGCAGAUAAUCUUUGCCAAUCUUGUAGAAGAUGACAACUGGAGAAUCUGUGCUGAUGGUGUGAUGCUAAGCUACCAAAAACUCAUGGCAAAGAUUGCUUGGGGCAUUGAAUGCAAACAAUAUGAGACAGAAAUCAUUGCUGAAACUGGUCACGUGGCCCAUGAUCCUGCAUUCCGUGUGAAACUGACUUGGGACAAGCUUCCAAGCAGCAUGAAGCACUACGCAAAGAUACUGUCUGAGUACAUUCAAAGCCUUGCUGAUAUGGGUGGUGCUAGCCUAGCAAAGGUCAAGAACGCCCGCAACCAAGUCAUACUGUCUAUGAUCAUUGCUUCUGAGAGAAGCAUGAACAUUGUGCUGAAGACACCAAAGAGGACCAUGUACAAAUUGGGUGUGGGUCUUCCUUUGUAUCUGCCCAUUGGAGAUACCGCUGCCGAGUUGGAAGCCUAUCAGGACAAUCUAGCCGACAAGAUCUACUAUGUGCUCACCAAGGCUCAUGCAGCGGAGUGCACCAUGGUCAGAGACACGCUAACUACAUUUAACAAACGAAAAUACACGAAUGAGAUGCCGCACUCGUGCUACCAGGUUUUGGCUCAGGAUUGUACUGAAGAACUCAAAUUCAUAGUUCUGCUGAAGAGGGAUCACACUGAGCAAAACCAACUCAACGUGAAAAUCGCCAACAUCGAUAUCGACCUUUACCCCAGGGCCAACGACAUUUUUGCAAAGGUUAACGGAAUUGAAAUCCCCAUCAGUCGUCUCCCAUAUCAGCAUCCUACAGACAAAAUCCAGAUCAAACAGAGAGGCGAGGGAAUCGCCCUCCACGCUCCAAGCCAUGGUCUUCAAGAGAUCUACCUUGACAGAAACACAUUUAAGGUGAAAGUUGCAGACUGGAUGAAGGGACAGACCUGUGGACUCUGUGGGAAGGCUGAUGGAGAAGUCAGGCAGGAGUAUAGUAUCCCGAACGGACGCCUGACCAAGAGCUCCGUCAGCUACGCUCAUUCCUGGGUGCUGCCUUCCCAGAGCUGCCGUGACACCUCCGAAUGCUACAUGAAACUUGAGUCGGUGAAGCUGGAGAAACAGAUAGUGUUCCACGGUGAGGAAUCCAAGUGCUACUCUGUUGAACCGGUGCUACGCUGCCUGCCCGGCUGCAUGCCUCUGAGAACCACACCAGUCACCAUCGGCUUCCACUGCCUGCCAGCCAGCUCCAACCUGAAUCAACUGAGCAAUAUCUAUGAGAAGAGUGUUGACCUGAGAGAAACCACCGAGGCUCACAUGGCCUGCCGCUGCAGCCCUCACUGUGCUUAA